UCUCGUAGGGAUGGGCGAGGAGGGGAGGCUUCCUCUUCCUCCCAUCGUUGAUUCAUCAGGCGGACCUCCGUGCAUGGAAACGGGGACCCUCCAUCCUCAGCACAGCCCCGUAAAAUGCCUCUCUUCCCCCCCCCCGUAUCCAAUAAGGGGUCGGUCGCCAUAGAAACCAGAGUUUUGGGGACGAAGGGGAACUUUUCUUUUCACACCAUGAGGAUGGGAAGAGGAGACCGUGUCAUUUUGCCAUAUGCCCUUUUAACGCGCCUUUGGGAAAUGUAGGAGAAGAUAUUUAGGCACUUCCUCUUUCCGUCGGUGAUUUCAUGAGAAGAGAUACACUCUCCCCGCCCCCUUUGCAAAGUUAGGAGGAAACAACCAGGGAAAGGAUGGAGGAAGAACGAGUGUCGUCACGAAGAGGUACCGUGGCCUGUCUGGGCAGCCAAAGGUGUUGGGUUUCCUUUGGGGUUACUGCCAAAUUGUCUCUGUUCUUCCAAGCCAGUAGCUGAUGGAUCUGUGUGGCCUGUGCAAAUUAACCUUCAUAAAGGACUGAACAAUGGAAUCAGAUAUCAUCCGAAUGUACUCUUCAUCACCACCGCCACUAGAUAAUGGAGCUGAGGAGGAGGAAGAGGAAGAUGAGUUUGGUGAUUUUGGUGGGUUUUCUGGUGCUGGAAGUACUGUAGGCUUUGACUUUGCAUCAGAUUACUCCAGUUCAAAGGAAGAACGUAAAUCUUCAUAUAACUCUGAUUACUCAGGCAAUGUGGAUGGCAUUAUAGCUUUUACUACUGUUGCAUAUGCUAAUAAUGAAGAAAGUGUUAAAGAACUUCCUCCUGAUAGUAGCAAAGAAAAAUGUGAGUACAGAAAUUCAAGUUUAUCACUUGAUGGUAUUCAUCCAGCAGAAGUAAAGAGAACUGCGAAAUUAGAGUCGUCAUACUCUGAAAUUAUUAGGACUGAUAUGAAAGUUCUAAGUCAGGACGAGCAAGUAGAAACCUGUAAUGGUGAGAAACGGCCAUGCCCAGACGUUCUGACAAAUGGGUUUGCAGCACUGGACACGGCAAGUUCUCAAGGAGUGGAAGAUGUGGACAGUACUGGUGACUCAAAGGGAUUAAAAAUGAUAAGCACUCACAGUUCUGAAUUAAGUUUAGAUUCUUUUCCAACAGCAGCAGCAGAGGAUUUUGCAGACUUUGCCACGUUCUCAAAUAAACAAACAACCCUGGCAGAAGAAAUAGGAAAUAAAAUAUGCACAAAUUCUGGUGAAAGAGAAGUGGUGCAUGUACAGGAAAGCAAUAUUAUAAAUGGACAGGGGGGCUCCAUGAAGGAAACAACUUUAGAUAGCACCUGUGAAUAUGAAGGGGAAACUUGCACUGAAGGUGAACAGAUUUAUAUUUCAAAAAUUAAUUUAAUGAUCAGUGAAGACUUCAAAGCUGAGGAGGGUUGUACAGCACUCGAACAUAAUGACUUUGUUUCUUCCAUGCAAACAAAUUUGAAUUCAGUAGGCACAACUAAAAACAUGGAAGGAAAAAGGGAGUGUGAUGCUGGAAGCAGUAAAGAAAAUACAUUUUUACGGACCAAUAAUACUACAAAUAUAUUAAAUCUUAAUGUAGGUGGAGUUCAAAGUCUUCAAUGUCUUCCUACAGAAGAGAACAUGUAUGCUUCUGAAGUGAUUAAGAAUAGUGAAAGUGGCACUGGACAUGCAUCAUGCAGUGGUUUAAAUGAAGAUGAUUUCGGUGAAUUUGGCAGUGUCAGCAAUGGAUCUCUUGAUAUUACUCAAGCUUCUGCAAGCCAAGAACACUUUCAAAUCCCUUCUGAAAGCAUCGGUAAACAAAGUAAUGGAUGUAGUGACCUCAGAGAUAGAAGUGGUGUUCAUCAGAGAGUUUUUUCUCAACCAGAUGAGAUUUCAAACACGGAUGAAUGUCGAAAAGCUGAUACUGGUUCUAACAUGACAGUACAGCGUCUUGCAGAAUUGGAAAAUGGAGAUGACAGUGAGUUUGGAGACUUUGGUUCUGUGGCAAAAAAGUUUCCGGACUCUGAUGAGUUUUCAGACUUCAGUUCUGCUGGUGGUAACCAAGCUACAGAGUGGAAUGCUUUUGAGGCUGAGCAGAAAGAGAGCUGCUUGUGGGCUGCUUUUGGAGAUGAACAAGUGGUGGAAUGUCAUCAUGGAAAAGAUGAAUGGCCAUCGCAUAGGACAGGCACAACUUUUGGUGUUGAAGAUUCAGUGACUCAUACACCCGACAAUGUUUCUGUAACAUCUUUGCAGGACUUGCCAGCUUCAGCUCGGACAAUGCUGCUAAAUCGUCUAGAACGAAUAUUUGAGGCCUGUUUUCCUUCUGUACCUUCCUCUGAGAUGGAAGAAGAGAUUGCUCCUUUAAGUCUCUUGUUGGAAACCGGUCAUAAGGCUGGGAGGACAGAGGAGACCUUGUCAGAAAGGGAGCUGCUGGAUGUGUGGACAGAGCUUCAAGAUAUCCACGAUGCAUAUGGAUUGAAAUACCAGUGGGGCGGCUCCCACAGCAACAAAAAGCUCCUCUGCUGUUUGGGAAUUGACACAAGAAACAUUCUCUUUACAGGUAACAGGAAGCAGCCUGUUAUAGUCCCCAUGUAUGCAGCAGGAUUGGGUAUGUUGGAGCCUACUAAGGAACCCCUGAAACCAAUAUCUGCUGCAGAGAAAAUAGCUUCAAUAGGACAGACUCCCCCUGUAUCACCAGAGAUGAAUAUAUGUACAUCUGAUCAGUUUCAGGAAUCUCUACCACCUGUCCAGUUUGACUGGAGUAGCAGUGGCCUUACUAACCCUUUAGAUGCUAGUGGAGGUUCCACUCUUCUGAACCUUGAUUUCUUUGGGCCCGUGGAUGACAGUAGCUCUAGCACCACCACCACCAUCCCAGGUGUGGAUCCAGAACUGUAUGAGUUGACAACUUCCAAGCUGGAAACCUCCAACACCACCAGUAAAGUGACUGAUGCAUUCGCAAAGCUAAUGUCCACAGUAGAGAAGGCAACCACAUCAGCAAGAAAGCCCAAAAAGGAAGAACAACUCAGUGAAGAGGCUGCCAAGGUGAUUUCUAGCCUUCCUGACUUAUCUUUCAUGCAUGCCAAGGUGUUGAUGUUCCCAGCCACAUUAACACCUUCAACAAGUUGCCAAGGCAAGGUAGACUAAAGCGAAGUGAAUUGGACAAUUUCCAUUGAUUAUUCCCCUAGUCCCCUUUUCUGGGUCCUAUGAAAUGAUCUUGCUUUAAUUAAAAGUAAUUCAAGUUCAGAUGAUUUGUUGGUAAGCAGCACUAGAAAGGUAUACAUAGCUAUGUAUAUUUAUUUACAUACUGGAGUCCUAAAUUUAUAUUAGAAAAAUUGUAAAUAACUGGGAAGGAUUGAACCUUUUUUGAAGAUUUAUCCUUUUUGUUGUGCUGGGGUGUAAACAUUUUGUCUUUGUGGAAUACACUGGUAAUGUCCUUCUUACAAAACUUUAUAAACAUUUUUUAAAAAUUGAAAUUUCCAAUUUUUGCUCUUCAUGAAAUUCCCGUUGGUUCCCCCUAUGCCCUCAGAAUGAAUCGCUUACCCUUGAUGAAAAUCCUUUUACUGAAAGCCUUAAAGCUUAGGGUCUUUCAGUAGUCUUUUAAGCAGGCUGAAUGUUCCCCUCCUUCUCAUCUGUGGCUUUUUUCUUUUUUUGCGGGGGUUGGAGCUCUUCUAACAGUAUUGAUUUAUCAUCAUUGCCUUUCGAGAGGUCCACUGUCGAUUCUUUUUAGUUAAGUGAUAGAUCACUGCCUAACCACCUGAUUCUUGGGAUUUAAGUGUCAAUCAAUUUGGUUUGGGAUGGAAGGACCAAAACUAUCUAAAUGUCUUAAAUGAAAUAUACCUGUUACAUAUUUUGUUUGUACCACUGUUCAUAUGUUUUGAUUUUGCACAGUGUAAAUUUGACAUAAUCAUAGAUUGCUAUGGUUUAGGCUGUAUGUACAGUAAAACUAUGGGUUGUAAAUGUUUGGGAAAUUCCUAUGGAAAAAAAGAGAAUGCUAUGUAGAACAACCUCUAACAAGGUUUAUGUGCAUGCCUGAGGUCUUUUUGAAAUUUCAGUGUAUAAAUUUCCUCUUAGCUUACACAAAAUAAAAAAAAUAAAGUUAUAUAGUCUGUUAA